AUGAGUGAGUCACAAACCACCGUACCUGUGCAGGUCCCAAACAUCGAGGUUACCGAGAAUCUCACUUCCAGUUCCCACCUCAGUGCCAGUGUCGAACGACUUGUGGAGGUCACCCGACGUCUAACCGUAUGUAAUCAACUCCAGUCUGCUCUUGAAAGUCAGAACGACACAGCUGGAUCUCCUGAGGAUAAACGCGACACUGCCUCAACGUCUGAUGUGCCUUUGGAGUUGGCAGAGGAGGAGGAGAUAAAACCUACCACAGAAACUGCUCACAGCUCGGAAAUAUCUUCACCGUGUAAUUUAAUGACCCCUGAUGGUAAAACAGGCCAGUUCCCUCAAUGUACUACAAAGAAAUGGGCACGAUUAUUAGGGAUUUCAUCUGAGGAUAUCGGUGAUGAAGAAGAAUUCAUUAGGGCUGCUGCCGCUAUCACUGCUCGUAUUCCAACACGUCAGUCGAACACGAUGUCGGUAGCUGAACAACGAGCACUUCGACAGAGCUGGAAUGCAGCUCUGGAUGCCGCUCACUUCGGUAGUCUUGAAUCCAUGGAAAGCUCCUCGGCGAACAGUCUUCGAAGGAGUUCGAGCUGGAAGGACAAAAUGUACGCUGUUUUUUUUUAUCGCCUAACAGACGGGAUUUCCCGUGUUCUCCUUGCAUUGGCCUCUUACAUACCUCAGCCAUCCACUCAUUCUCCAUCCAGGUCGUUACCUUUCUUCUCAAAACGAUGUACACAGGUGAAAACGGUUCAACAAGAUGAGCUUCUCAAAAUGAUUGCCUCUGGUAAGCCGAGCUACGAACAGGUGCAUAGGUGGAGGAAGUCAUUUGAGGCGCUGCUAGCUGACAAAUAUGGUCUGGCGCUCUUUAAGGAAUUUCUAGCAACCGAAUUCAGCGAUGAGAACAUUGAAUUUUGGAUUGCGUGUGAGGAGUAUAAGACGAUAACGCAACCGAAAAAACAACAAGCAAAAGCUCAAAAAAUUUAUGAGGACUUUAUUGCAACUCAGGCUUGUAGAGAGAUUAAUUUGGACUCGGUUACACGAGAACAAACAAUCGCAGAGUUGGCUUCGCCCUCCACACACACUUUCGAGAAUGCGCAGAAGCGUAUCCAAGCCCUGAUGGAGCGCGACUCCUACGGGCGUUUCUUACGUUCCGACCUCUUCCUCACCCUCCUCAAUCAAGCGAAGCAAGCGGCACGAGAGUUGGCAGCCGCGGCUCGAGAUGGUCACGAAGGUGGGGGUGGCAUCUCAGGAGAGGGCUCGGCUCGUUUCCGGCUGCCCACAUUCAUGGGUGGUGGGGGAAGCGGGUCCGGAUCCCUGCGGGCUGGAGGUGUUGGCACUGACCUUCCUGGUGUCCUAGCAGCUGCGGCCGAUGCCGAGGCGGGUAUGAAUUCGGUGCAGGACCUUGAACUCCUCGGUCUUUCCACCUCUCGACACAUGCGCAAUAUGACCAAAAGUGCGGCAAAUAAGCGUUCCACCUCCUCGGGCAAAUCUUCCACCUCUCCAUCCAAGCCGCCUGUACAAUGA